UUCUGUUAUCUUUUCGCAUUUUGGUUUCUGCAGAGUGAAGGAGUCUCGAGGGCCAGGAAAAGCAGUGUAGGGGGUAGGCGGCACAGCUCGAGCUGUGCGGUGGCAGAGUCAGUGACAGAGGUACAGCAGCAGCCAGCUGCGCAUGGAGGGCACAGCAGAACAGAACCGGAGCCUGGGUGGAACGUGCCGCGCGCAUGACAGCUUCAAAGGAACGCAGCGCCGCGCGGCAGCACACAAAUUGAGCCCGCUAAUCUGGCCCCUGCACCGCUCUUGUCAAAAGCAUCUGUGUGAAAUAACCCUCCUCGUGCAGAUCAGCUCCUAAACUAGGGCAGGCUUUAUCCCUCAUCUGUUCCGCGGCGCCGCCGACCGGAGCCUCAUAGUCAGCAGUGGAUAGUGCAGGAAUGAAGUGGACUGCAUAGCAAGAGAUCAGGCGAUAGGCUACUGCACAUUGGCUUUCUCCUUUUCACUCAAAACGUGACACAGUCUGGAAUUAACUAACCAGACGUUUUUUUUUAUUAUUUUUUACUAUUUCAUCAAUACUGAGGAUAACACCUAGUUUGCACUUCCUGAACGAUUGGAGACCGCAAAGGAGAUUUUUUUCCCCAGACAAAUUUAUUUGGAUGACCGGCUUUCCAAGUGGCUUUUUUAUUGGAUUCUCUACUACUUGGACUUUAAUCUCAGAAUCUCUGAUUGUUAUCCGUUGUUGCAUGUAGAGGGUAACGGUAAAAAAUAAAAAAAAAACAGAAGAAAAUCCGAGGAAUCGAAGUUCAGUUCUGUAAGUACGUUACAUAUGAGUUGACUAUGUAUAGUUCCCCGCCACUCCUGCUAGAACCGUAGCCAGCCCCUGUGGUCGAGAAGUUGUUUAGCUUCUCUCUCCCUCUGUGCGCGAACACUUAGAGCUAACACCCCUUUCUAUGUAGUAGAUCGCCUGGAAAGAUACAAAAAAUAGAGCGUUCUCCUUCACCCCCGCCUCGUACCAACAGGCGGUUCUGGUCUAAAGGUUCUCCAGAGAACGGUAAAUGGCCGAUGGGGAAUCAUGAACAGCACUUUGGAACUCGAAGAUGGACCACGGCAUAAAAACCAGACAUUCUGUGAGUGUGUACCCAGCUCCUCCCAGAUCAAACACCGCUGGUCAGACUCAGACACAGUCAGAGAGACCCCCUCACCCACCAAGAGGAUGAGCUGCAGCUACCUUCUGUGCACCAUCCUCCUGUUCGUAGCCGUCCUACUCGCCGUCACGGUAACCGGCACCAUCCUCUUCAUGAACCACAACCAGGCCCCGCCCAUGUCCGACGGCCCUCCCCACAUCUCCACCAAUCAGGACGAGGCCAACGCCCUGGUCACUGUGGAGAGGGGCGACGGCUCGCGCAUCAACAUAUUUAUUGACCCCAACUGUCCUGACUACAAUGGGAACUUCCUGCGUCUGGAGGGGGUGCAGACGUCGCUUCUCCACUCGCUGACCGACCACGACACCGACCUGAAGUCCGUCAAAGGUCAAGACCGGGCACUGCUGGUCAAUCUAGCUGAAGAGGUGGCCAAACUGUCGGCCCAUGCUGGUCAGCUGAAAAUGGACUACGAGUCUCUGAGACGAGGCCAGGGGAGUCUGGGACAGGACCUGAACACACUGCAGACAGAGCAAGGACGCCUCAUACAGCUGCUGUCCGACUGCCAGAUCAACAUGGUGAAGGUGGUGAACUCUGUAAGCGAUGCUCUCAACUCCAUGCAGAAGGAGACAGGAGGGCUGAAGGCUCGUGUCAAGGCUGACCUACAGCGGGCACCGGUCAGAGGCGCUCGCCUCAAAGGCUGUGCCAACGGCUCUCGUCCUCGUGACUGUGGUGAUCUGUAUGCUAACGGGCAGAGGGAGGAUGGCAUCUACUCUGUGUUUCCCACUCACUACCCCUCCGGCUUCCAGGUCUACUGUGACAUGACCACGGACGGAGGGGGCUGGACGGUGAUCCAGCGCAGGGAAGAUGGCUCAGUCAACUUCUUUAGAGGAUGGGACUCCUACCGCGAGGGAUUUGGAAAAAUCACUGGAGAACACUGGCUCGGGUUGAAGCAGAUCCAUGCUCUCUCCAUCCAGGGCAACUAUGAGUUGAGGAUUGACCUGGAGGACUUUGACAACAGUACAGCCUACGCUCAGUAUGGGAUGUUUGGAGUUGGCCUGUUCUCUGUGGACCCUGACGAUGAUGGAUAUCCACUGACCGUUGGAGAUUACUCCGGAAACGCAGGCGAUGCUCUGCUAAAGCACAACGGAAUGAAGUUCACCACCAAAGACAAGGACAACGACCACUCAGAGAACAACUGUGCCUCCUUCUACCACGGUGCCUGGUGGUACCGUAACUGCCACACGUCUAACCUGAAUGGACAGUACCUCCGCGGGCAGCACACCUCCUAUGCCGACGGCAUCGAGUGGUCCACCUGGACCGGCUGGCAGUACUCCCUCAAGUUCUCCGAGAUGAAGAUACGGCCCACUCGCGACGAGAGCAAAUGAGAAAAAUUAGGGAAUAAAAGAAGAAAAAGAGAGGAAAGGAAUUUGAAGGAAGAAGGUGCUCAUAAGAAAAAAUAUAAAACCCCACACUCAAAAAGACAGCUAUAGGCUGUAGUUCUUGUUCAGCUAUUGUUUGCUGACUGACUAAAAGGACAUCUUUGAUUGGUUUACUACUAUUGUCUACUUUUUUCUGUGGAACCCUUUCCCCUUUCCCUUUCCCCCACUUGCUGUGCCCUCUGCUAAUCCCACGUCGCUCGUUGCGUACUAGUGUUGUGCUGAGGUUUUUCGUGCCCCCCACCCCCAUUAUCCUUAUCCUUUAUCACUAUCAUUAGGAGAUUUGUUGCCAAUGAUUUUGAGUGUUUCCUUCCUGACAACGACCACACCGCAACACAAAAUGAAUCUGACUCACUCUUACUUCACAGGAGUUUGGUGGCACUUUAAUUGGGGAGAACAGGCUUGUGGUAAUGACUGGAGCGGAGUCAGUGGAAUGGUCUCAAAAACCAUGUGUUUGAUGCCAUUCCAUUUGCGCCAUUCCAACCAUUAUUAUGAGCCGUUCUCCCCUCAGCAGCCUCCACCGUCUUACUUACAUCUCUCUUUCUCGCUCCAUCUCCGCUCGUUAUUUAUAUCUAGUCAUCAAUCAAUUAUAUCUGUCUUUUCUAUCUGAACCUUGACCUCUCUCCUGUGAUAGUUGCGCCCUGUAGCCAGUAGUACUAUUUCCACAGUCCUUUACUGCGUUGUUUCCAGUCAGCGAAGUGUGGCGUUACCGUGUGACCUUUGAACAAGUGGCUGAGUCAGAACAGGAGAUGUGACAUUACAGUUAGAACACACACGCACGCACACACGCACGCACGCGCGCACGCACGCACGCACGCACGCACGCACACACACACACACACACACACACACACACACACACACACACACCCAUAUACAUACAUACAAAAACCUCUGUCCCCUGAAGCUACAGUAUUACCAUGACACAGCAAAACUCAGUCUGUCACCCAAAGGGACCUGGCUGUAUUGGCCUUCCAGUUACAAGACAUGCUAAAAUGGCACAACCCACAGUUCCUCACCACCCACGAUACUGCUUAAGCAUCCCUUUAUUAAAUAUAUACUCUGUGGGAUAAAAAGACAAUGGAAUGGGAAUGGUGUAGAGGGAACGGUUGAAAUAGAAGGAGAGAGAGCUAGACAUAUCAAACAGAGGGGUGAGAAGGGAAUUACUAAAUGAAAAGGGGAAUAAGACACAGUGUGAGAAAAAAAGAAGGAGAUCAAAUAGAGGGGUGAGGGAGCGACCGACAGAGAGAGAGGAGGGGGUGGAUGGAGAUCAAAUGGAGGGGCGAGGGAGAAGGGUAAAUGAGAGGGAGCAGAUAUCAUUAAUCAGACUGAGGCCAUUAGGGAGCAUAUUGGGCACUUUGUCUGAUCAGCCUGCCAGCUGAUCACCAGCCAAGUUACUGCUACGACAGAGCCCCAGACGUUAACUCCUCAGUGUUUGUGUGGACGUGUUUAACUAUUCUUGUGGGGACCAGAAGUCCCCACAAGAAUAGUAAACGGAACAUAUUUGACCAACUGGGUAGAUUUUGUUAGUCCCCACGAGGUCAAAUGCUAUUUCUACGGGGUUUAGGGUUAAGGUUGGAAUUAGUGUUAAGGUUAGAAUUACGUCAAGGCUUAGGAGCUAGGAUUCGUUUUAUGGUUAGGAGCUAGAGUUAGGUUAAGGGUUAGGGUUAAGGUUAGGUUUUUGUGUUAAGGUUAGGGUUAAGGUUAGGGUAAGGGUAAGACUAUUCGAGCUCCCAGUCAGACAGAUAGACAACCUAUGUAAAUGUGAUAAGGGUUAUCAUGUUCCCAUUGGUAGUAAGUGAAUGUAGCAGGCAGAAGGAUGGAAAAGAGAGGGAAGAGAGUGUGGUGAAGUUGCAAGGGGACCCUUGGGGCCAACAGCAGAAAGAAAGAAAGAAAGAAAGAAAGAAAGAAAGAAAGAAAGAAAGAAAGAAAGAAAGAAAGAAAGAAAGAAAGAAAGAAAGAAAGAAAGAAAGAAAGAAAGAAAGAAAGAGGUUCAGCCACCUUCCGGAGACAGGAGUGACAUGACAAGAGAGUAAAAUCUGUUUUUCAUCUCUUCCUUUAGGAAAGUAAAGCUUGUUUUAGCCUUUACCCCCAUGGUCACAAUAUAGUCCCCUACUCCCCUGAGCAUUUUAACUCUACGCCUGUGUUUUCGCAAUCAGCUGUAACCGGUAGAACCUGUCUAAUCCAUCGAUGUACACAUACACACAUUAUGUCUCUCUCUCCUCUUUUAUGUUCUAUUUCAUCCAUAUCUCAUGUAAGAAAAUGUCCAUCCCCACUCUCCCCUCUCUGUUUCUCCGUCUCCCCUCUCUCCCCUUCUCCCCAUCUUCUGUAAUCCACCCAUGUCUAGCUGAAUGUCUAGGUUUUCUGCUAGGGUGACGCAGGCUCUUUUCUUCUGGCUCUAGCAGAGAAACUGUUGAUGUAAAAUACAGUUUGCUGCUAUCGACCGAUCCCUCAACCUGGAUUUUCUUUCUUAAUAGCUCAAAAACAUGUCGUGAAUGACGACAACAAAAAAUAUGUUUGUCUGUACAGUAUUAUAAAAAAGAAAAAAACACAGUAAGAUAAGUUUUGCUAAUUCGUGGGGAUGAAAUUGUGCAAUUCUGAAUAUUUUUAAAAUUUGGUGUAUCAACUGUUUUUUUUUUCUCUUCAUUUUUUGGUUUUGGAUUUUCUUAGAUGUACUGAAAGCUUUAAAGAUAUGUGUAGAUUUAUUGUACAGUGUGUAUGACUUUUAGAGCAUGUCCAACUGUUUUCAUGCUAUGCCAAAAGACAAAAGAUAACUCAAGCACACAGACUUUACACAUCUUUACACAAGUCAAAAGAAGAAAAAAACUAAUCUAGAACCGGUACUUCUCCUCAUUUACCGGACUGGGCACCAAUGGAAGUGUGGCCAGCUAUACUUUUUGGGGAGGAGCAAGUGGGAAGAGGAGGGGCUUAGUAAAGCACAUGAGGACAUAUCCACUUUGAUCAACUGCAGAAAUUAAUCUUUACUGAAGUGAUAACAAUGGCACAUCUGGUGGCUCUGCUUUCUCAUUUCGACAUUGUGUUGUGGGACACCUUUGAUCUAUUCAGACAUUUUGGCUCUACCGGACAUACUGGUUCUAUGGGAAGCACCAGCUCUGGAGGACAUGUUUGAUCUGCCCUGGCUGCCAAUGGACAAACAGGCAUUACAGUGAGCAUUGCUCCUCAGACACUGGAUGGGCUGUGUGUUUUGGAUGGGCUGGUGCUUGGAUCCUUCUUCCACUACAGGGCAGUCUAUUGACUGCAGUAUCGGCAGAGCCUCGGCUCUAUGCAGGCAACCAUCCACAAAAACCUGCUCAGACUCAGUCAGAGUCAGUAAUGCUCACUGUAAUGUCAGCUCAGCUCUCCGGGAGUCCCGUGGUGGUAACACUGUGUCAGGACUCCGACCACAUCUACAGUCUGCCUCUUGUACCGCUACCCAGCGCUGCAGCUAAACAUCAAAGAACCAACUGUACGCACAGCAACCACACGUUAUCAACACUAAUCAUGUUACCAUGGAAACAGAAUUACAUGGGAGAUUUCGAUGUUGAAAUUUUGUGUCGGGUUAGAAUUAGUAGUGAUUUAGACGUACAUUAUGAUUUCAAAUGUGGUUGGUGCCGAAUUGAAGUGGUGAAACUUAAAAAGCUGAAGUUUAAUGAGGUACAGGAAUGAGUCAGACUGAUGUCGUGAUGUGACUGGCUGACUUAGAUUACAUGGAUUCCUCUUUCUGUGUGUCUGACUGCGUUUAGACAGGCAGCUAAAUUUGCAUAUUUUUUUCCACUAAAUGGCCUUUUGACCAAUCACAUGAGAUCUUUUCACAUCAGCUUUUUUUCAGAGCUGAUCCAAUUGGCCAAAGGACCAAUUAGUGAAAAACUAUCAGAAUUGGUCUGCCUAUCUAUACGCAGACUCUGUAUGUGUGAGCGUGUGCACUUCAGUGUGUGUGAGAGAGAGAGAGAGAGAGAGAGAGAGAGAGAGAGAGAGAGAGAGAGAGAGAGAGAAAGGGGGACGAAUUCAUCAAAGUUAAUGUGAUGCUUAUGUAUAACUUGCCUCCCUACUAUUUGUGUUGAUAACAGAGUGAUAUUAAUAAAUCAACGAUUAAUUAAUGUGAUAACCAA